AUGGGCUCGAGGUUCUUGAUUGGCUUCUUCGCUGUCGUCUCCCUGGCCGCGCGGAGAUCGUCAAUGGCUUCCUCUCUCGAGGAACCUCUGGUGGCCACAACCUCGGCCCUCUUUAUUCUGGGCGACUCCUCCGUCAGCUGCGGCGAUGGUACAUUCUUCCCUCUGCCGCCUGGCAACUCCUCCCGGCUUCUCUGCGACGACAGCGGCGGGCCGCGCCACCGUCUUCUUCCUGAUCUUAUCGGUGAGUUCAGCAGUUCUGACGACCUUUUUCUUUAGUUUCUUGAUCGGGGAGUCUAUCCCCUUCUCUUUCUUCGAUCCCAAAGCUCCAAUGAUAAUCCAAACCCUUUCCGGCGCAGCGGAAAGGAUGGGGCUGCCCCCCGUCCCGUCGUUCUAUCGGGCGAAGGGGACAGCGGAUGGCCUGAGGAAUGGGCUCAACUUCGGUACAGUGCCGGCCACGAUCCUGAGCGGGGGAUACACGUCCUUGUUCAGGGUUCAGGGGCUCUCUCAGCAGAUCCGGCAACUUUACGACAUCCUGCAGCUUCUGCAACUACAGAUACGCGCCGACGUAUUCCGCGAGAUCGUCUCCUCCGCCGUUUUCUAUCUGUCCUUCGGCCGGGACGACUUCAUCGAUCUGUUCUUCCUCGACUCCUCAGGAUUGAUGCCCAAGUACGGACGGCGGGGUUUUCCGCGGCUUCUCGUCCCUCAAAUGAUGCAGGCCAUCGAGGUAAUCAUCUCCCCCAGGGUCCACCACCCAGCACACGUACCUCUGGUCGGCGACUGUGAUUUCUGAUUAGGGUUUCCGGGAUGAAAUGCUUCAGGAUCUGUAUAACGCAGGCGCGAGGAACAUCGUGGUGGCGGGAGUCGGCUCUCUGGGCUGCACUCCUCGUGUGAUGUGGGAGGCACUCGCCGGCGGCGGGCUGGACGCGCAAGGCUGCGUGCGCGAAGUCAACGAGUUGUCUCUCGACUACAACGCUGGCCUCUUGGCGGCUCUCUCCGAUCUCAAUUCCCGCCUCCCCGGCGCGAGGAUUGUCUUCUGCGACGUCUACGCUGGGAUGCUGGAAAUCAUCUCCAACCCGGCCACCUACGGUAUGGGCUAACAUAACUAUCUCUCUCUCUCUCUCUCUCUCUCUCUCUCUAGACUGGUAGAGUGACUCCUGUACGCUGUCCAUGGUCCAUGGGGGAGAAGGAUUUGCCGACGAGAAGAGGGCAUGCUGCGGCUUGGGCUGGUACGGGGGGAUGGUGGGAUGCUUGGCGGCGGAGAUGGCGUGCGAGGAACCAUCGAGGAGGGUGUGGUGGGAUCUCUACAACCCGACGGCCACCGUGAACGAGCUUCUGGCCAACUGGUCGUGGACCGGGGGCCCGCCGUCGAUCUGCAGUCCCGGGACCUUGGGCGAGCUCGUUUCGUCCUCCUCGCUGGUUGACUAG